UAUUGUAUGCAUACAGACGGAGCUAAACCAGAAUAUUCCACAAAUUAAACCCCUCAAGAACCCGUAAUGCAUCUUUUAAAGUGGAUUUGUGUCCUGUCAUCUUUGACAACAUCGUUUUAAGGGGGGGAAAACAUUGCGAAUCGGACAUUUUGAGUAUUUCCUGAGAGGCUCGCGAGCGCGUUUAAUUCCACAAACUGAAUACAAAACAGCUUCGGGGAAAGGAAGAGAUUGGUAUAACAGAAGGUAAGACGUUGGCAAACCAUCAUGGCAUGGCCCUGUAUCUCCAGAGCCUGCUGUAUGGCUCGGUUCUGGAACCAACUGGACAAGGCCGACAUUGCGGUGCCGUUGGUUUUCACCAAGUACUCGGACGUGUCCGAAAUGCAGCAUCUUCACCUGCAGCAGAAGGUCGCCAUAGAAACGCAACCGCUUCACAACGACCACGACGCGGUGACCAAAGGACCUCCAGCCCAUGAAGAGAACAUCAGCGGAUCUGUGAUGCGCCAGGACUUUAAACACUGGAAAGUUCGUCCGGAGCCCAGCUGCAAGCCCAAGAACGACUAUCAUGGCCCUGAGGUCCCUUUUAACAACGAGACCCAGUAUCAGAAGGACUACAAACCCUGGCCUAUCCCAAAGAAGGGAGAUCAUCCUUGGAUCCCCAAACCCUCUCCGACCAUCUCAGUGGGCCCUGACCGCAUCCCUGACAGAUCCAAGCACACCAAGACAGAUAUGAUCGACAGUGGGGUGGAAAAGAGUCAGAUUGCAGACAAGGUGCAAGAGAAGGAGAUACUGUCUAGUGGAAGGAAAAAGAAGCAAGCCAAGAAAGUGACCAUGGUUUCUGAAAUCAAAGCUGACAUGAAGUUGGAAGGGCAAGGCAUGGGGGAUGCUACCACUACAGAGGGAAAAGGGAGGGCAGAUGUGGAUGCCCUCAACCGGCAGAUCAAACAAGAAGUCACCUCUGGCAGCUCCUACAGGAACGAGUUCAAAGCCUACGCAGAUGUGAAAUCUGUGAAGGUCUUCAGGGCCCAGUCUCAGUAUAAGCCUCCCGAUGAGAGGGCUAAUCUGGAGACCAGCUACAGCGCCACCUACAGGGGCUGCCAGGGCAGUCAGCAGCCAGAUGACAACAAGGGUCUGGAUAGGAGGAGGAUUCGCACACUGUACCAUGAACCUUACAGAGAGAGCAGCAAGGUAGAGAAAACCACUCGCUCCAAACCGAAAAAGAGCACCUCCACAUCUGCCACACCUGGCAAACCUCUGAAGAAGUCCAAGGAGAAGCAGGCGACGUCGGUGCGCGGUUCGAAGAAGAAGAGCUCCGAGAACCAGCCGGGGAGCAGAGCGGCGCAGGGCGACAAGGAGAAAAGUAAAGAGAUCAACAACAAACUGGCUGAGGCGAAAGAGGUUAUGCUAAAACAGUACCACUACAUUCAGCUCUUUCAGCCCAUCCGAGAUAUUGGUUGGGUGCAGACACUAAAGCAACACCUGUGGCGCUGUGCACUGCCCGACCCAAGAGAAUCUGAGUCUGGCCUCGGACGAGUCAGCGAUUAUUAUUCCGAGGGUACCUCUGGAGGAGAACCACUGGUGGAACGAUCAGAACCACGGAGUCGGGGAGUAGUCCGGUUCGCUCCGGAUGUCAAGUACUGAUACAAAGCACACGAGUGAGAGGAAGGCAGGCAGCUAUGGACAGAACAAUGAAAUAAUGAGAAAUAUUUUAGGAAGUAUUUUUGCAGAUAGAGAGACAUGUGGAAUUAAAGUACUGUAUGUAUAUAUUGUAUGUUAUAGAUUAAGACUAAAUUAUGAGCUUCCCAAUGAGAAACACAUGAACAUAUAGUACCUGCGCUCCCAGACUGUUUGCAACAACUGAAAUGGUGCUAUAAAUGUAUUUUGUUUCAUGCUCUUUCUCAAAACAUAUACAGUGUUGCCAUUAUGAUCAUUUAGAGUAGCAAAUAUCAACUGUCAUUAAGUGCUUCCUUAUAGUAACAUACUGUUUGAGAGUCUAAUAAAUGUGAUGAGUUUAUCUGA